AUGAGCGGCGCGCCCGCCGCGGUCGCCGGCGCCGGCGCCGGCGCCGCCGACGCCGACGCCGCCGCCGCCGCCGCCGACGCCUUCCGCGCGGCCGUCUACGGCGCCUACGAGGCGCACGCGUCGACGGAGGAGCCCGACGCGCCGGCGUCGCUGCGCGGCCGGCGGCUCUACGUCAAGGGCCUGCCCUACGGCUGGGGCCGCGAGGCCAUACGCGAGCGCAUGUCGCGGUUCGGGCCCGUCGAGCGGCUCGAGCUCCGCAAGGGCUCGCGCGGCGCCGCGACCGUCGCCUUCGCGACGCCGCGCGCGGCGUCGGCGUGCGUCGUCGCGCUCGACGGGUCGGCGCCGCCGGGGUCGCGCGCGACGGUCGUCGUGACCGUCGAGCGCGUCUUCGCGCCGCCGGACGACGACGGCGACGGCGACUCCGACUCCGACGGCGGCGGCGACGCCUGCCCCGUCUCCUUCUCCGGCCGCGGCACGCGCGCCGACGAGCGCAAGGCGCGCCUCGUCGAGCGCCGCUGGAAGCUGCGGCGCACGUUCUGCGAGCUCUGCGGCGGCCGCGACCACUUCGCGCAGGGCUGCCCGCUCGCGGACCCGGCCUACCACGCGCGCGUCGCGGCCGGCGAGCUCGACCCCGCGGCGGCCUUCGCCGCCGCGGACGCGCCGCCGCCGCCGCCGCCGCCCGCGCCCGCGCCGCCGCCGGAGCCGGCCCGGCCCGCGCUCGGCAGGGGGCGCGGGUCGAGCCUGCCCGCGUGGAUGAAGGACCCGGGCCUCGCGGCGAAGCGCGCCGA